AUGGACGACUUUCAAGGAGUAGAAGAAAAGGCGUUUGUGGUGGAUGAAGUCAACAAUGUCAUUAAAGAGUCUAUUGAAAACACUAUCCAGAAUGCUGCCUACCAUCACAACAAGGUCGGACAAUGGAACUCGAAUAUUAUUGAGCAAACUCUAAAGCGCUUGACGGGUCUCAACAAACCAUUCAAGUAUAUCGUGACUUGUACUAUUAUGCAAAAAAAUGGAGCCGGUCUACACACAGCGUCAUCUUGCUACUGGGAUAAUUCAAGUGAUGGAAGCACAACGUUUAAAUACGAUUCAAAGACCAUGUACGUCAUUGUCAACGUGUUUGGUCUAGCCAUUUAA